AAAGGUCUCAUCAGAAGACUCCCCAAGGAACGCAUUCACAGGGAUUUGGCACAUGGAAGACUUUCUGGUUCCAGGUCAUUUGCUGAUCCCUUUUGGGGCUACAGCAAAAGCAACAAAGUGGAAGGAAUUGGGCUACAAAAGUUGUAUAUGGCAUUUAUGCAACUCAACCAGGCAUGUUGCCAGUUUUCAAUCAUGUAUUCUUGCUGGAAGUUGAGAUAUUCUUGCAAAAACACAUUGGCUGGACUAGGAGAGCCGUGGAGAGUUACCAAAAGAGUUUCUUGGAUAAAGAACUUCAUGAUUGUUGCCAAAGCUGCGGGAGACCCCAGGAUAACUUUGUGGGACUUGUGCAGCAUUGAUGCCAAUUUGAUGACAACUCUGGCAUCUUUGACUCUGACAUACUACAUUGUCGUCAUGGAGAAUAACAUUGGGGCUGAAAUACUACCGAAAGGUCUCAUCAGAAGACUCCCCAAGGAACGCAUUCACAGGGAUUUGGCACAUGGAAGACUUUCUGGUUCCAGGUACCUCAAGCUUUUAGGAGUAAAAGCAUCUGCUGUCAAGACAGGGAUGCGAGACUUCUUGUUCCCACUUUUGCCAAUAGAUGACACUGAUGCAGAGCGAACCUUGUUGUCUGAUUUGCUCAAUGGAUGUAAAGCUGUGGCAUCGGUGGUGACAUCUGGUGAGGUAGAAAAGCCGUUCGACGAGAUCGUGAUACAAAAACUGAUGAGAGAAAAUCCCGGGUUUUUCCGGCCGGGUGAAGGCACGGCUCACACCGGGGCUGCUGGUGGGUGGUGUCCUGGUCAGGCUGGAAUCCCUGCUGCGAGAUGGGCUCUAUUUUCCGCGGACCGACCAAAAACCUCUGCGGACCGGUUGGCAACACUGUUUAAGAGCACUUCGACGACUUACACGAACGCGUCCCUGAAUGUCAAGUAUACC